AUGUCUAAUCUUCCGCUUGAUGUGAUCGCUGAGAUACUCUCUCGAUUACCAGUGAAAUUUCUCUCACGCUAUCUCUGCGUUUCCAAGCAAUGGUACGCUCUAAUCCACAGUCAAGCUUUCAUCAAUCUCCACCUCCGUCGCUCCAUCGAGUCCAACACAGAUCGCACCCUCAUCCUUCACCAACAACAUGCCACCGUUUCAUUUGAUUACUUCUCCGUCCACUUCCAAAACAACGAUCAGUUCGGCAAGCCCAUGAAAAUUCACCACCCACCACUACCAUCCUGUGUAAACAUGUCCACCCAACAAAUCCACGGUUUGGUUUUCGUGCGUAGUAAUACGGGCGAACUCGCUAUCUGGAAUCCACUGAUACGUAGGUACAGGAAGUUGCCCACGUUAGAAAAACCUUUUCCUAGUAUUACGAUCGCUUUAGGAUUCGGCUACGAUACUCGUAACGAUGAUUAUAAGGUAUUGAGGGUCGUACACUUUUUAAAUAGAGAGCUUGAUGUUAAGAUGUAUAGUCUUAAAUCAAAGUCGUGGAAAAAUAUUAAAGAGACAUGGCCCAAAAAGGGGUGGAAAAGAUCUUCCAAGUCAGUGUCGGUGAAUGGAGCUUUGCAUUGGUUAGUAGCUGAGAAUAAGCAGGGUCCGGUGAUGAUUCUUGCUUUCGAUCUUGCCAAUGAGAAAUUCCGGGACUUUGCAACGCCGCGCCAACCACCCACCUAUGGGGCGGAGAGGUUUUUGGAAGCGUGUUUGGAAGGGUUUUUGGAAGCGUGUUUGGAAGUAUUGAAUGGAAAGCUAUGUUUUAUUGUGAAUCCUGAUAAGAAGGCUAAUGAAGUUUGGUUGAUGGAAGAAUAUGGGGAAGGGAGUUCUUGGACUCGGGUUUAUAAAAUUGAGUAUGAUGGAGUGUUUAAGAAUGUCAAGUUUUUCAAUCCUCUAAUGUUUUCCAAGAAUAGCAAGGAGAUUCUCAUGGAGAAGUGCUACUGGGGUCGUACUUCUCUUAUUUGGUUCGACACAGAAAUUAAAGAACACAGGAAGGUUAAGAUUCGGAAGCUUCCCCAUGUGUUUCAGACGGCAAUUUGUACUGGGAGUCUUCUUCUACUUGAUGGCGAUAAUGUGAUUAGUCGAUAUUGA